AUGAUAGGUAGGCCAGGUAUAGAUCGAUAAAUCGAGGGGGUAUUUCUCAUUUGUUUCUUUUUGAUUAAAUUUCGUAAGCUCUAGCCUAUCAAACGAAACUAUAGUAUCUGCUAAUAGACAAAACUUGACUUUUUGUACCCGCUUUUAUCUCGUUUCACCCAAAAUUCGUCGGCUGCUAUAUGAUUUUGUUGCACACAAAAUACUGUCAUGAAAAUCAGUGACCAUCACGUCACAUGUGUUACCUCUAAUGCUGUUAUUCAAAGGAAUAGGGUCAAAGAAGCAAUUUUUCUAAUUAGUUGUAACUAUAAAAACUCUCGUUUAAUCCCUGAAAAACAAUAGUUCAACACU